AUGGCAGAAUUCUUACCCCUAUGCGAUGUUUUAUUCAACAUUAUAUCCCUAGCUGGAUAUUUUUGCGACGUUGUUUUCGACUUAGUGAUGGGCUAUGCAUUACUAGAGCGUGGGUAUAAAUGCACUUUUGCAGCCACUAUAUCGAUAGUCAUCACGUCACUAUUAAUAUCACAAGUUCUUUCUCUUCGAUGGUACCUACACGUGUGGUGGGCGAGCGAAGGACGAAAAGAUCGACCUCCCUGGCUACCAAUUGUUCUUCAUUGCUUACAAAUGGGUGUUCUAUGGCGAUACGCGCGACUACUCGUACCAGUGGAACUACGAAGAGUCAAACACCAAGUUCGGGAUCUUUGUAUGCUACGGCUAGUCCAUGCAUUUUGUGAGGCAGCACCUAUGUUACUAUUACAACUUCACAUUUUGCUCAAAGAUGCAGACUUAGAGUCUACCAGUGAAUUAGUUGGAGUCACUCCUGAGCCAACAGUUGACGAACCGUCAGCAAACAAAGCAUUUGCGGAGCUGAAUGUGAUAUCUGCGUCACUGUCUCUGUUCUCCGUCUGCUGGGCACUCGCCAGCUUUAGCAAGAACGUGCGUCUACAGAAUGUGCAUCGGUUGGUGCUUACUUGGCUUGGAGUUAUCUUUCAAUUUUUAUGGCGUUUGGGAACUGUAUCCGCUCGGAUAUGGGCGCUUAGUGUUUACGCUCUAGUCUACGAAUAUUGGGUAUUUUUAGUUAUAGGUCUCCAUUGGGUGUCGAUGUUCCUCUGGCUGAUAUCUCCAAAGAACGUGUUUCACGGUGAACACAUCAGUCGUCCGCGAAAAGCUUACCUGUCUGCCUUGAUCGCCUUCGUAUACGUAUUUGCGUAUAUCAAUCUACAGGAACACAACCAUAGACAGAAAAUGGUGGUGUUCUACUGCGUGAUGUGCGUGGAGAACGGCGUGCUGGUGACGGCGUGGUGGUGGUCGUGGCGCGGCGCGCUGCGGCCGGCGCUGGCCGCCGCGGGCGCCGCGGCCGCGGGCCUGGCCUGCAUGCUGCUGUACUACAGAUAUUUUCAUGUACGGAGGCUGGGAUAUAUGUUAGGAGAGCACCAACAAGGAACAAAUAGUACAAAUGCUUCUUCGCAAAACAAAAAUGGUAAACCCAGCCAAACGGAUAAUGCCGCAAUACCGGGUGUAUUUAACUGUAGAUUUUCAAAUCCAGUAAAUAAUAGUGCGGCGGCUUGUCGCAAGAAGAAGAAGCCGACAUCGUUCGUGCCUCCCCCCGCCGCCCCCGCGCCCGCCGCGCCGCCCGCCGCCUUCUGGCGCCGACCGCUGCCCGCGCACCACCACCACGGCGGCUCAUCAGAAAACGAAGGCUCAAGUGUAGGAUCCCGAGUAAACAUACAACAGAAACUGCAAGAGAAGAAACAAAAACAGCUAGCAGAACUCAGGGUUAUCGAGGAGGAAAUAAAGCAGGGGAAGUUAGCCAAAACUACUCCCGUGGCUGCUGAAGAAAUAUACAGUAGCUUACAGAGACAGCCGAUACCAAGAGCUAAAACGCAUGCAGAACCACCCGCUUGGCCUAGUAUAGAAAUGACGCAUUCUUACCAAAAUUAUCCAGUCCUACCCCAUACGUGUAAUAUGUAUUCAACGUACACUGAAUUAAAACCAGAAUACAACGUUCCGAAUUUUCAGAACAACGAAAAUUCAACCACGGAUAUGCGUGCUCAAAACAUGUACAAUCAAGAUUCGAGAACAUUCUAUGAGAAUCCUUCUAAUCUUCGGAACGAAAUCAACAGAACUCCAUUAAGAUCUCCAAAUUACUUAGCCAUUGGAGAAAAUAGGAAAUAUGAAUCAAACGUUUGCAGAAGUCCUAGAAACGUACUUAACAGCAGUCCCAGAAAUUACUUACCAGACGUGAGCGCAAACAAUUAUGAAGCUACAGCUCAGAAUAAUACAAGGAUACCAGCACAGAAUAAUCAAAAAAUUUAUUCAGAAGAUAGACAAAAUAUGACCGAUUUUUCUGGUUACUGCGAAGAAAAUGCUCAAAACGUAUAUAAUAAGUUUGGUGAGAAUAAAGAGGAGUAUGUGUCUGCCUUGCAAAGUUUGGCAAACGUACAAGGUAUGGAGAAUAUAAGAGGUAUAUACAAUGAAGUGGGCAACUGUAACCAGUACAACCAUAACUGUGAAAGAAUAUUUCCAUAUCCAGGAUUGGGGGGUAAGAAGAUGGAACAGUUAAGGAAGAUACAGAGGUGCAGGACACCGGAGAUUUUACUGGCACCGCAUUAUUUAGAGAGCUGUAAUAGACAAGUGUGCUGCAAUUGGGGUGGUCCUUAUUCUAAUCGCAAGAAAGAGGACACUGGGCCCGGCGGCGGGGCGGGCGGCGCGGCGGGCGGCGCCAGCAGCGGCUCCGACUCGCCCGAUGCACGCGACACUCCUCGCCCGCCCAGCGACAUCGACAGCCAGAUAUCCCUGCCACGGUCGUACACCCUCCCUCGCGAGUUUCGCUACUGGAGACGGAGACCGCGACUGCGAGAUGCGCACGUUCCUAGCAACAAUAGCAGUGACGGUGACGUAGACAGCGCCGACAAUGACAGCGACAACCGCUCCAACUGUUCAGCUUCCUCUCAAAUACAACCUCCGACGUAUGGCGAUAGCUUCCAGUACCGUCCAGACAUGAGACAAGAUGAACGCUACAAUGAAGGCGUGUACGCUUGCCCUGAUAGACGUCGGCGAGGCUUUAGGAAGCAAGGCCCUAAGCCUGAGACUAAACUUUGAUAG